UUUAAAUAAUGGUAGCAACAAAGUUAGAAAUUUAUUUAAAAAAAUUCUAUGUUCGCCACCAUGAUGUCUUCUGCGUUGGUUUGUGUUUUUCUAAUUCUACUUUGUAAUACUUAUUUUGCAAGAUCAGCAAUGUGUGGACAUCAGAGUUACGAUACUUCCCGCCAAAUAUGUUGUUGUGCUUCCUCUGACCGAGGCAUGACUUGUCGAGCACAUUCAAAAUUAAGUGGGAAUGGAUGUUGUGGUUCUGAAGUGAUGGACUCAAAUUCUGGAGAGUAUUGUUGUGGACAUCAGAUGGAUCGCGUUUGCAGGAAGGUCACGACCGGAAAUGGAAAUCUUUGCAAUGGAAAGCGAUUUAACACGAGAGCUGAUAUAUGCUGUGAUGGUGUGAUACGAAGCAAAGUUUCUGGUACAUAUUGUUGUGGAAACAAGAAUUUUAAUCCUCGCUCAAACGUUUGUUGUGGUGGAGUUAUAAAUGAUGUUGUAAUAGGUCGCUUUUGUUGUGGCACUAAAAACUUUGGCAGAAAUUAUCAAUGCUGCGAUCCGUCAAUUCCUAAAAUUAGAGUGAGAGGACGAUGCUAGUGUCAAAACACACAUGAAUCAUACCGCAAAGUCUGCUGUCAUAAUUAUCCAAAUUAAUUAAUCCAAUUUAAUUUGAUGCUGUAUGAUAUGUAAACAAUAUACCUUAUUCUACAGAAAAUAUGGACUUAAAGAGCGUUAA